GUGAAUGACUGCAGGUACCGGGGACUGUGAUAAGUUCUGUACCAAGGGCAGAGUACGGUAACCAAGGUGAGGGUGGUUCGGAUGAUCUUGAAUGAAAGUGCUUGUUCUGCAGGAAAGGGAGGAAAAGAGCAGGUCUCAACGCUCACUUUGCCUGGACCAACCGCCGUUGGCUCCUGUGGAGUAAAUCUCCUAUCAGAGAGCUACUUAUAACCUGCUCAUUUAUCCCAGUGAUGCUGGAGGGAGAACAAAGGCAGGUAACCCGUACUUUCUAAACGCCGCCAGUUGCGUGCAUGCAUGCAUGUUUGUGUGUGUGUUUAUCUCAGCUGUGUUUGGGCACAUUUGUAUGUAAGUGAGCGUGUGGGGCUACCUCAGGUGUGUCUGGUUUCAGAUGGCUAUCAGAUGACUCAAUGGAAGCCUUAUUAGAGGCUGCGUCUCUGUUGAUUCUGACUGAAGGAGAAGGCAUAGAGAGGAGGAGGCAGCGGAGCAGCCCAUCUACCAGACGGAGGACAGAGAACAUGACAACUUCUGCAGAGCGGCUGACACUGUAAGGUGCGGAGCUGGCUUUAAAUGUACAGUGUUACAAGUUACAUUUACUGUUUGAAAUGGUGUUUAUAUAGAGUUUUUACCUGUGUUUGUGAGGAUUAUGUGAUCUCAUCAGGAACUAUAGUGACGCCAUCGGUCUAUUCUGUAACGACAGCCUAAUGAAAGAAAAGGAAAAAUUCAGUAAAUCAAAAAAAAAAAAAAAAAUUGUAAAAAUUCACCAGCUAAAAGUAACUUGUUAAAUGUCUUGGCUGCCUCCCUCUCGGUCGUGUUUGUUUCUCUUUCUUGUCCUUUCUCUCUGCUGACAUGGCAGGAUCGAUAGAUCGACUGUUUACAUCAGCCCUAUCAUGGUUUUCUUACGUAAGAGGCUUUGGUUCAAUAUCUAGAAAACAUUGUGCAGGGUGUCUGCUACAAUGCAAGUGUAAAAAGAGCCGAUGAGUCUCUCGGAGUGCGCAGGGCCCACGGUGUCAAGUGGACUCAAAUGUUGCAGCUUAAACGCAUGUGUCAGGGUUUGGUUACCUGUCCAAACCAGACAAAUGGAAUUAUAAACAGCUACUUAGACGUAACGCUGACAGACUAUCCUCAGCUGGACAGAGGUGCGUUAACCGACGCAGUGCUAAUUGACGUACGAGCACUUAAUCAUUUAGGCAGAAAAAAAAGAUUCUUCUGUGUCUCUCCGGAUGACUUUUGAUUUUUUGGUUUUCAUUCAAAAGCAAAGUUACGUUUGUGUGUGGGUUUUUUUUUAAGAAAAAAAAAGUGACAUGUUUUGAAAUACUAAGCACACGGUCAGCGAUAACAUCAUCCAUACACACUGUGAGCACUUUCACAGCUGAACUUGCCGAGUUCAGUGUUUUCAGUGGGGUCACCGGAGGGAGAAUUUGGAGGGGAAAAAAAAACCCAAAGAAAAAUACCUGUACAAGCAGAGUAUCAGAUGGCAGCUCCACUGCUGAUGCAAACAGCGCUGACAGAAAAACCUCUUUACCAACAAAACAGUAAAAAAGCCCCUUCACCAAUAAAAAAAAAAACUCUGCUCUGCUCUUUCUUCUUUUUUAUAGGUUACAAAAGGCUAAAUUUGAACAAAGUGCACAGCUGUCUGAAUGAAAACCAAGAAGAGAGAGGUCCUGCUGGGAACUACCUUGUGGCAUAGCCGCUGGUUUCUGCCCCACUUCCUGCAUUUACACCGGGCUGAAAGAGAAGAGAGCUGAAGAGGCCAUGGAGGUGCCUCUUGUUAGCUUCGAGAACAUGGACGAUGUCGGAAUCAACUUGGGUGACCCCAAUGACUCGGGGUACCCUACCUCCCCAGAGGCCCCUGAGCAGAAUCUGUUGACCCACCGCCUGAGUUCUCCUCACACUUCACCACACAGAGGACGACGGAGGUUUCAGUCAGGUCAGGAGGGGCUGACGCCGUCCUCUCCGCCGACACUGACCACGAAGGCCAACUCCAGCAGUUGCAGUCUAAUCUCCAACCUCAAGCUCUUAAUCAACAGCGACUCUCCCUCCGACAGCGUCUUCAGUAGGGUGCCCAAGGACUGCUUCGACAACGAAGAUUUGUUAGAAAGGCACUGCGUGGAAGAAAAAGACGAGAAAGUCGUCAUCAAUAUUUCAGGGCUGAUGUUUGAGACACAGCUCAGCACUCUCAAUAAAUUUCCAGAGACUCUGCUCGGAGAUCCCAUGAAGAGAAUCAACUACUUUGACCCCAUGAGAAAUGAAUACUUUUUUGACCGAAACCGUCCAUCCUUUGACGGAAUUCUUUACUACUACCAGUCUGGGGGGAGGAUCCGCAGACCAGCCAACGUUCCCUUAGAUGUUUUUGCAAACGAAAUUGUUUUCUAUGAAUUGGGUCAUGAAGCAAUGGAGCAAUUCCGAGAAGAUGAAGGUUUUAUCAAAGAGCCUGAUGUCCUUUUGCCCACCAACGAACUCCAGCGACAGUUCUGGCUCUUGUUUGAAUACCCUGAAAGUUCUAGUGCGGCCAGAGCCGUAGCGCUGGUUUCUGUGUUUGUUAUCGUCAUUUCCAUCUUCAUCUUCUGCAUCGAGACUUUGCCAGAGUUCCGAGAUGAUAGUGAUUCCCCUGCAGGCUUGACUCAGAUCAUCAAUGGCACCCAAGUCCCUCUUCCGGCAAAAGCCCCCAAAGACUUCAUGACUUACCUGACUGACCCUUUCUUCAUCGUGGAGACCAUUUGCAUUAUUUGGUUCUGCUUUGAAUUGGGGGUCCGGUUUGUGGUUUGUCCAAGCAAAAGUGACUUCUUCAAUAACAUCAUGAACAUCAUUGACAUUGUGUCCAUCGUCCCCUACUUUGUAACCCUGGGGACAGAGCUGGCUACAUCACCCGAAGACGACGUGAACGCGGGCCAGAAUAUGUCGUUAGCAAUCCUGAGAAUCAUUCGAUUGGUGCGAGUUUUCCGAAUUUUCAAGCUCUCCCGGCACUCGAAGGGUCUCCAGAUUCUGGGUCAGACCCUAAAAGCCAGUAUGAGAGAACUGGGGCUGCUCAUUUUCUUCCUUUUUAUCGGAGUCAUCUUAUUCUCUAGUGCUAUCUACUUUGCAGAGGUGGAUGAGCCCCAAACACAGUUUGUCAGCAUCCCGGACGGUUUCUGGUGGGCUGUGGUGACAAUGACCACCGUGGGAUAUGGAGACAUGUGCCCCAUCACCAUGGGGGGCAAAAUGGUUGGCACCCUCUGUGCCAUCGCUGGUGUCCUGACCAUCGCUCUACCUGUCCCUGUCAUCGUCUCCAACUUCAACUACUUCUACCACAGAGAGACUGAGCAGGAGGAGAAGCAGGUGAUGGAUGCUGCAGCCGAGGCUGCCCAGAAAACAUCAGCGGCCAACAUGAAGUACAGCAGCACGCCUUCUCUGAACAAGAGCAACGGGACCUGGCAGAACGAGAAGAACGGUGUCCACUGACAGAAUAUUAUCACAUCCCAACAGACCAAUGAGACUGAUGAUGUCUGUUGAUGACUUGACAUUAGGCACAAUUUUGAACUUGACAGAUCAAUGCACAUUAUUACAGUAUUGACGGGAACUGUGUGCAGGGUUGGACGGCCUUCGUACCAGUUGUCUGUCUGCUUGUGGACGUGUCAAAGUGCAAUUAACACAACUCUGCAACUACUAUGUCAGUUACUAAGAGUAUUAAUUAUUGUCCUCAGUCUAAGAAACAUGUCUUCCUUGUAGGCCUAUUACGGACAAAUACCUGAUCUUUAAAGUAGUAUUAGUUGAAAUCAAAACAGCGGGAUACAAAAGAAUUGGGGCGACCAUGGGGUCAAAGUCAAACUAUCGAGGUACAGUAGAGUACUAUUGGGUUAAAUACUGAGGUUCUCCGGUGUUAUUGCAAUAUCCUGAACAUGACUCUUAAACAUUCUUGAAUUACUGUUGUUCUGGAAUAAUCUGAACAGCUUCCUCAAGAUCCCCCCGCCUUCAUCACUGUCUGUAGGCUGUUAUGCAGUUUUUAAGGUAUCUUUAUAAACGAGAAUGAAUAUAUAAAAUAUUAGGACAAUUAAUGCACACUAAGAAGAACUUACAAGGGUUUUUUUUUAAUACAACGAUACCACAUUUUAUCAAUAUUUAUCAGCAUCUACUUUAACACUGAAUGAUUUCCAAAUACAUGUACUGUAAAAGACCGUGUGUGAGAGGAGACAAGAAGGACAUGGGCACAUACAUUGUCUCAUCAGCAGAUCUCCACAGUAGCCGUGAACGCUCAGCUCCGGCACCUCUCCACAUGACGCGGCGAAACUAUAUCUCUGUCAUUAAUAAUUGCCACGUUUGCACGUUCUCUCUUCUCAUAUAUUUAUACAUAUACAUAUAUAAUAGGUGUAAAGUGAAACCUGCACAUUGACCCCAGGGAGUAUAUAUAUAUAUAUAUAGAUUACUGUAUAAAUGCAGUAGUGGCUCCAUUCAUAAAAAGCACAUUUUUAAAUGACCCCAGGUUGUAUUUUGUUGUUAGGAGUGAUUUUUGCACUAAACUAAAACUAAAAUAUUUAGCCACUGAUGCAGUCACCAUCUGACAGGCUACUAUAAUGUGAAGUUACACUUUAAAACCAUAUCAACCAUAUAGUCAUUGCACUGACGGUUCGUUUUCACCCAGUCAUAUCUCAAGCACCUUCAAAA